UUGAUCAUUUUCAAGCCGGGAAUUCGACCAGAGGAGCAGAAGGGAGCACCGCUUUUACAGCUCCUCAAGGAUCCCUACAUUAUCGUUGCAGCCGGGUCACUGACCUUCGGCAAUAUGGGCAUUGCUGUGCUGGAACCGGCGCUGCCAAUGUGGAUGAAGAAACACAUGAAUUCGGACAACUGGGAACAGGGCAUUGCCUUUCUGCCCGCCAGCAUCUCCUACCUCAUCAGUACUAAUCUCUUCGGUCGGUUCGCCUAUAAAAUGGGCUACUGGUUGAGCGCCUUUCUGGGAAUGCUACUCUGCGGACUCUGCCUCAUUUGCGUGAGUCCGUUUGUCGACCUUAUUUUUAAGGUAAAUAUCCAAAAUGUUCAGCAAAAAUUGCUCCAUUCGCGAAGAGCAAGAUUUAAGGUAAAGUAA